AUGCUCGUUCUCCCAAUGGACGUCCUCAUCAUCGUGCAGUCCUUCAUGAAGCCACUCGACAUCCAGGCCCUACAAUCGGUGCGCUACUCAGAGCCUUGGUCUGAUUCUCCUCCGUACUCAACCGACCACCCACCCCACCUCUCACAGACCUGCAGAGCUUUCCGAGACCCCACGCUGCGCCGCACUGUAUGGCGAGAGGCGCUCCGCCGUGUCGUUGAGGAGAACGACGUCUUCGCGCCUACCUUUCCCUCUCUGCAAAGCAUGUCUACCUCUGAGCUCUCGUACGCAGCGCUCCGGCCUCAGGUCUUUCUCCGGCGCGUCAGGCGAUGCGCGUCGAGCUGCCCCGAGGGCACGAUCGGUUAUCUGGAGCCACUUCGCCGGAAUGAAAUUCAGCUAUACCUACACGAGCGCGACGAGGAGAAUGACCGUCUGCAGGAGUACAACCCGUCCUUCCUGAUUCCCGGCGGACGGUAUCUGGUCGUCACGCUCGCGUACUACGUCUACAUCUACGACCUGAGAAGAGUAUGUCCCGCCUACGACCCCGUAUUUGCCAUUCCCGCCGAGGCGGUGGACACUUUGCAGGGUCCUCACCACAGGAAGUGGGGUGUGUGCUUCUGUAUGCCUCGCGGCGAUGACCUCUUUCUUUUCAUCACCGUCAACAUGGAGACCGAGACAGAGCAGACCCCUUGGGUCUCCGCCGUGGUAUACAAAGUUCAAGGCCUUCCCGGUAGCCCUCGUGGCGAGGUUGUCGCACGAUUCGAUGCCCAGCAAUCGUGGUACCCGUGUCUACUCUCUCUAGAUAGCGUUGAAGGGGAAAGGGUCAGUUUCACUGUGGCUGCGUCAUUUGUGGGCGUGUGGGACUUCGCGCGCAAUGAGCUAGCCUCAUGGACCUGCUUUGGUGUCGAAAAAUGCAUCAUCGUGGGGCACAACUUGGUCGUCGUGACCAGGGAAUGCGGUAUCCUGGUGUACGAAAUACCUCCCCUUGAGCCUUUAACGACGGACAGGCUGUACGACUCGGCGUUGGCGCCCAUCUACGUUGUCCUACCUCCCGAGAACAUGCGCUUGCGUACUAUAGCCCUCUGCCACAGUUGGGAGAACGUUCGCUUGUUCGACCUCCGCUUCGGCAAAAGUGGAGCCAUGGCGGAUACCGUCGUGUGGUAUCGCAUCGAGCCCCCUCCCCAGGAGAGCCCGAACGAUCCCGUCGGACUGGUUGUGGAAUCGAUUCGUAACCUUGCAUGCGAGGGGCCUGGACGUCGGAGUGCAUUCGAGCACACCUUGUGCAAGUGCGACGAUACAAUCAUAGACACCCAGUACAAAGAAUGUUGUGAAGACGGAGCCAGCCGGGAUUCGACGCGCGUGACGAUACGCGUGGAGCCAUGGAACGGCGAGGGAGAGCAGGGCACGGUUGUUGUGGACCUGAUGGACCGAAGUGACCCUUUGUGGACCCGUGAGUCGGACUGCUCCCGAGUUGGACCAGAGGAGUGCACCUUCUGCCCAAUCUCCGGUCGUCUGAUCCAGAUGGCGAAGGACUAUGGCGUUGUUGUCAUCUUCGAUUAUGUUCCUUCGCCGAUCAAGCGUGCGUCGUACGAUGCAUACCGCGUGAGGAAAGUGCCUGAGAAUAACACAAUCCUAUGGCCUGAAAGAUCACCGGAACCUUCGCCCGUCUCGUGGACAGUCGAAGGAGGGAAUUCCCUGGUCAUGGCCCUGCUGAGGCUCCCUUCCGAGCUUCUUGCUCACGUGCAAUCGUUUUUGACCCCUUUCAACAUCUUUUGCCUGCAUUUGACGAGCAAUACCAUCAGGAAACGAGCCUCUUGUCGCGCUGUGUGGAGAGAGGCACUAUGUCGGACCAUGGUGGAGAAUGAUAUCUUUGGACCGACAUUCGACCAAGCACACAUGUCUAUCGAAGAACUCCGUUGUGCUGCCCUGCGCCCUCAGCUCUUCCUGAACAGCAUUAAAAGCGAUUCAUCUGACGGUCCUGACUACGGAUGGCCUGAUUCCACCCGCGAAAUCGUGCUGGAGACCGCUUGGAAUUUCACCCAGUGGGAGGAUCCUGUAAAGGGGCUUCAUCUGAUUCAGGGAGGCCGAUAUCUCCUCAUGGACACUCACCUUUCCCUCUGUAUCUACGACAUGGAGGAUCCCUUGAACGACGUGGAAAGGCUCGAACCCAUUUUCUCGUUGGACAAACACGGCAACAGAGCGGACGACGAUCUGAGGCCGUGGCUACCUUUCGGAAGCACCCUUGGAAAAUAUGCAUGUGUUGGAGACGAGAUCAUUCUCUUCUUCUCCUCUCGUCCCAAUCAUAUGACGAACUCGCCAGCAUCGCUUCUGGCGUACAAAAUCCGAGGCUUUCCCUAUGAAGUCACGGGCGAAAAGCUGGCUCAGCUUUCCCUGACAGGGCCGGAGGAACUGAGCCCUCGCUCUUUCUGCGCCACUGACCGUCGACUGGCUUUCGUUGGCCAUGGGUCGGAGAUCAUUGGCGUAUGGGACUACGAGCAUAAUCAGGUCGCGCUGAUGAAGGUCUCGGACCGAUAUGGCCUUGACUGCCUCAAUGGGUGCGUCUUGACGCAUAAUAGCAUCAUCUUCAAGAACUCUCGAGGCUUUUAUACAUACGCUAUUCCGCCUUUCGCGCCGGCGACGAUGCCGCCGCUUCCUUUGAAGCAUGAAGUGAUGCACUCGAUCGAGAGCGGUUGGAUUGGGUCUGGCUUUCUCUACUCAACAAAUCAGGCUGGCGCCACUUUCCUCGACCUCCAUUACCUUCGCGACGACAGCUACCUCGACAGGUACUGCAUCGAAUCCGUGUCGCCAAACGAUUUUGCCAGCUUGCUCGUGCCAGCGCCGACCUCCGAGAACCUGAAUCUGUAUCCGGACAGCGGUUACGAGAUGCAGUGCUGCGAUGUCGGAACGCCCCGUGCCUGCGUCGGUAGCGUGUUCAUCCUGGGGCAUCGAACAGGAUGGAUCGAUCCCGACAUCGACGCGCAACUCGGGAGGCGCGAGACUUAUUUCGAGCGUUUGGGCAUCCCGUACGAGGAGUGGAACGAGGAGGAUUAUACCGAGGAGAUGGACGAAGCGAUUGGGCGCGAGAACGACCAGGCGGGCGUGUUUAUCCACGUCGAGCACAGAAACUCGGCACGAGAUGAGGACGGUCAGUAUGACAUCUCCGUUGUUGAGCUGCUGGACCGCAGCAAUUCCGCAUGGGGGCAGCGUGAAUUGCGUUUCGUGGACUUCUGCCCGGCGUCUGGUCGUCUUUGCGCCAUCGUGGAAGAGGGUGAUGAGCCUCCCCGAUUGCUUGUUUUCGAUUAUCUACCCGCUUCCAUGUAGACUCAAUAUUCUACCCAUAUUUUGCACUCGCUGCGCACUUUAUAUCCCGUUACAGCUAGUUGCAAAACGAUAGACGCCCCCCGCUCCCGCGC